UUGUGAGCGGCUGCCAAAAACACCCUCUUUCUUCCUGCGACGCCUCCUUGGCUUCCCUUUCCCUUUUCUUCCUAGGAACUUGUGCAUGUGGUUUUGUGGCCAGCGCAUCUGGACUUCGCAGCGAUACCGCACAGGAUUGGCAGAUAGACACACACACACACACAUACACGACAACAGGAAAAAACAAGUGUCUGUCACGGCUUGCGUUUCUGGGAAUCUUUGCUCCCUUUCGGUUACGCGGCGAGGAAAUGUCACACACUCAGAGGCAGAUAAGAAAGAAAGAAGGGCAGGCGGGCUGCGAAGGCUGACAACACAACACGCAAAAGAAUCCUCCGAGCUGCAAUUCUUCUUUUUCCGGCUUCGGCAUAUUGGAGAUUUUUUUAAAGAUGGCUGCAGAGCGUCCAUAAUGGUUGUAGCUGAUCACCAAACAGGAUGCUGCCUGGGAUUUAUUGCCCGGUCGAAUUUUGGUCCAAAGAAGCCAACCAGAGCAUCCAAGUGGACUUCCUCUUGCCCACUGGCAUUUACUUGACCCUCUCCAUUCCCUGCAAUGCAACUCUGGGCACCAUCAAACAGCUGGUCUGGCACCAUGCCCAGUGCGAGCCCUUCUUCCACAUGCUCAGCGACCCAGAGUCGUACGUCUUCACCUGCAUCAACCAGACAGCCGAGCGGCAAGAGCUGGAGGACGAGCAGCGGCGCCUCUGCGACAUCCAGCCCUUCUUGCCGGUCCUGCGGCUCGUGGCCCGUGAAGGUGACCGGGUCAAGAAGCUGAUCAAUUCUCAAAUUAGUCUCCUUAUCGGCAAAGGUUUGCAUGAGUUUGACUCUCUGGGAGACCCGGAAGUGAAUGAUUUCCGUGCCAAAAUGCAGCACUUCUGCGAGGAGAGAGCGUCCCGGCGCCAACAGCUGAGCUGGAAGGCCUGGAUGGAAUACAGCUUCCCAGUCCAACUGGAGCCCUUGGCCAACGGACUGGGAAGAAGGACUCCCCUCCAGAUCCCCAAUAAGAACAUUUUUGUCAACGUCAAGUUUGAAAGUGGAGGGGAAAGUUUUACCUUCCAGAUCUCCCCCAAGGAGUUCCCUGCCACCCUCAUGAGCUACGCCAUCAAGAAGCAAGCGACGGUUUUCCGUCACCAAAAAGUAAACAGCCCUGAAGAUUAUGCUUUGCAGAUUAACGGGAAAUAUGAAUACCUCUAUGGAAACUACCCCUUGUACCAGUUCCAGUACAUCCGGGACUGCCUCUGCCGCGGCCUCCUUCCCCACCUCACCAUGGUGCACUCCUCCUCCAUCCUGGCUUUGUGGGAAGAGCAGACCAAUGGGAUCUCCCAUCCUAUCAAAACAGCCACCAAAGCACCUCCAGUCCCCAAGAAAAAGCCAAUGUCGGUGUCUCUGUGGUCCAUUGAGCAACCUUACUCUAUUGAGUUGGUGCAGGGCAGUAAAGUCAAUGCGGACGAGCGGAUGAAGUUGGUGGUCCAGGCCGGCCUGUACCAUGGCCACGAGAUGCUCUGCAAGAUGGUCUCCAGCUCGGAGGUCAGCGUCUGCUCGGAGCCGGUGUGGGGCCAGAGGCUGGAGUUUGAGAUCAACGUCUGCGACUUGCCUCGCAUGGCACGGCUCUGCCUGGCCCUCUACGCCGUUGUGGAGAAAGCCAAGAAGGCAAGGUCCACCAAGAAGAAGUCCAAGAAAGCGGAUUGCCCAAUUGCCUGGGUGAACGUCAUGCUGUUUGAUUACCGAGACCAACUGAAAACCGGAGAAUGCUGCCUACCAAUGUGGUCGUCCUUUCCAGAUGAGAAAGGAGAGCUGUUGAACCCCAUGGGCACGGUCCAGACCAACCCCAACACUGAGAGCGCCGCCUCCUUGGUCAUCCGGUUCCCCGCCAUUUCAUCGAGCCCACUGUACUAUCCCACCUUGGAACAGAUCCUGGAGCAGGGAAAGAAUGGGCAGUCUUCCUUCUCCAUGGUUGAGGAUCCAGAGGAGAAGCAACAGCUGAAGGAAAUCCUGGAGCGCCGGUCCCACACCGACCUCUAUGAACACGAGAAGGACCUUGUGUGGAAGAUGAGGCACCAGAUCCGAGAGCAGUUCCCCCACGCCUUGGCAAAGCUCUUGGUGGUCACCAAGUGGAAUAAACACGAAGACGUUGCUCAGAUGAUCUAUUUGCUGCAGUCCUGGCCAGAGUUGCCUGUCCUCAAUGCCCUGGAGCUGCUGGAUUUCAGCUUUCCUGAUCGCUGUGUUGGAUCCUUCACAGUCAACUCACUGAAAAAGCUUACAGAUGCCGACUUGUUCCAAUACCUCCUGCAACUGGUCCAGGUGCUGAAAUACGAGUCUUAUUUAGACUGCGAACUAACCAAGUUCCUCUUGGGCCGGGCUUUAUCCAACCGCAAGAUCGGGCACUUCCUCUUUUGGCACCUCAGGUCGGAAAUGCAUGUUCCUUCGGUAUCCUUACGAUUCGGCCUGAUCCUGGAGGCCUACUGCCGAGGAAGCACUUUCCACAUGAAGGCUCUGAUCAAACAGACUGAAUCCCUCAACAAGAUGAAGGCACUCAACGACCUCAUCAAAGCCAGUUCCCAGAAGAACGCCAAGCCCCAAACCAAGGAGUUCAUGCACACCUGCAUGCGGCAGGAGACCUACCUGGAAGCCCUCUCCAACCUCCAGUCCCCCUUGAACCCCAGCGUCAUCCUGGCCAAAGUCAGUGUGGAGCUAUGCACUUUCAUGGAUUCCAAGAUGAAGCCGCUCUGGAUUGUGUUUAAUAAUGAAGACGCCGGGGGAGGCCACGUGGGGGUCAUUUUCAAAAAUGGAGACGACCUUCGUCAGGAUAUGUUGACUCUGCAAAUGAUUCAACUCAUGGACAUCCUCUGGAAGAAAGAAGGUCUCGACUUGCGGAUGACCCCGUACGGCUGCCUUUCGACGGGAGACAAGACCGGAUUGAUCGAAGUGGUCAUGGACUCGGACACCAUUGCCAACAUCCAGCUCAACAAGAGCAAUAUGGCCGCCACGGCCGCCUUCAACAAGGAUGCCUUGUUGAACUGGUUGAAAUCCAAGAACCCUGGCGACGCAUUGGACCGGGCCAUUGAGGAGUUCACACUCUCCUGCGCCGGGUAUUGCGUGGCCACCUACGUUUUGGGGAUCGGAGACCGUCACAGCGACAACAUCAUGAUCCGAGAGAACGGCCAGCUGUUUCACAUUGAUUUUGGCCACUUCUUGGGGAACUUCAAGACCAAGUUUGGGAUCAAUCGCGAACGGGUCCCUUUCAUCUUGACCUACGACUUCGUUCACGUGAUCCAACAAGGGAAAACGAACAACAGCGAGAAGUUUGAACGAUUCAGAGAGUACUGCGAAAGGGCCUACAUGAUCCUCCGGUGCCACGGCCUGCUCUUCCUACACUUGUUUGCCCUCAUGAAAGCCGCCGGGCUGCCUGAGCUGAGCUGCUCCAAGGACAUCCAGUACCUCAAGGACUCCUUGGCCUUGGGAAAGACGGACGAAGAAGCCAGGAGACACUUUCAGCUCAAGUUCAACGAAGCUCUCCGGGAAAGCUGGAAAACCAAAGUGAACUGGCUGGCCCACAACGUCUCUAAAGACAACCGGCAAUAGGCAGUAAGAAAGAACGGCAAACGUCUUGUGUGAGUGUCACCCCCAAAGCGGGGAAACCCAGAGCUCCUUCGAGGUGUGAGAUGAAGGAUGAGCGGAAGGUACGGAGAGAGGUCAUUGCACAAGGUGCGCGGUACACGACUUCACUGGUGUUCAUAACCUCCCCUAUCUAAGAAGAGCUGGCCUCUUCCAAGAAACGAAAGAGGAGUAUCGGUUGCGGUACUUUCUUCCUUCGUCUUGAAUGUGUUAUGAUGCAAAAAAAUGGUAUUUAAUGGUUCGUUUGCACUUGUGUGAAUGUGGACAAAGGGUUCGUGUCCUCUACACCACUUCAGAAAAAAUGCCAGUAUCCCGAAACGAAUGUAAACAAUCUUUGGUACUCUGUACAAACCCACUUGUGUACUGUUUUUUUUUUCAGCGUGUGGAAUUUACUUCCAAUUUCAGGUGCAAAAUAAAGCGCAUUCCUGUUUUGAUUGAAGCGGGGUCUCG